UUUGGGGCCGGAGUUGAGAGGAAAUGACUGUAGAGGAGGAGGGUGCGGAUGUGUCGUAGCUUUCCCGCGGUUUGAAAGGUCUCUGUUUCAGUUCAUGCUAAAGGAGCGCUCUGUACUUUAACUGGGGGAUUUAAAACAAGAAAUAAACAAACAAGUUGAUUGCAGCGAAACGUCAACUGGUGGACUCAUUCUGCAGCGCUGCCCUUACAAGAAUCACCAAAUUAUCACUUGAUAAUAUGCCUCCAAAAAGCCAGAGAAGAACAGCUGCUGCUACUGCAGUACAGGAGAUGGAAGAUAAACAGACAAACAACGGGGGUAGUCCAAACAAGAGCAACGAACUUACAGCCGAAAGUCAUAAAGACAAGGAAUCUGACUUUCUCACGCUGUGUCAGAAGCUGAAGGUGACGGACGAAGUGUGUGAUCGAGCAUGGAGAAUAUGGGAGACAGUGCUGGCAUCGGGGGACAUAGUGCCGGACACCAACGUAAAGCACUGGGGAGUCUGUUUGUUCAUAGCAGGAACAGACCUGAAUACAAUGACGUUUACAUUCUCAGAGCUGCAGAAGAAUAUAAAUGUGAAUGUUGCCUACUUCUUUAACCUGCUGAAGAAGACAGAUGUAAAUAUGGAUAUUGUAAGCACUAAAGUGAACACAGCAGUAUCCAGGCUGGAAAACAAAUAUGAUGUACAUCUUGCACUGUACCAGAGGUUUGAGAGGACUUGUACGAAAAUCUACAUGGAGGCUCCAGAUGUACAAGAAAACUUAGACACCGAUUCAAAAUCGAUCAUUAGAAGCUGCUGGAUCCUUUUUCUGCUGGCAAAAGGAAAAGUGCUGCAGAUGGAAGAUGACCUAGUGAUCUCCUUUCAACUGCUGCUCUGCGUCCUUGAGUAUUUUAUCAAGCUGUCACCCCCUGCUUUGCUGAAGGGACCUUUUAAAGCUGCUGUGAAUGGGCUGAACCAGCCCACCCAGACAAGAACGUCUCGGCGCAACCAGGGCAGGAAUGCACGCCCUGCUCCAAAGCCAGCGGAAACAGACCUGUGGGUGAUGGAGGCCCUGUGCAAGGAGAACGAAUGUAACGUAGAUGAGGUCAAAAAUGUUUAUUUAACCAGCUUCAUGCCUUUUCUGGAUUCUUCUGGUUUAUCAGGUUCACAAGGGAUUCCUGAGGUGGAGGUGUUUUCUAAACAGUAUGAAGAACUUUACCUCAAGAACAAGGAUAUUGAUGCCAGACUGUUCCUGGACAAUGAUGAAACACUGCAGCCUGCUAAGAUUGAUAUGUUGGAGCUGGAGAGAACUCCCAGGAAGAAUCAUUUUGAAGAUGAGAUUGUUGGGAUUCCUCCCCAAACACCAGUCAGAGCUGCCAUGAACUCCAUUCAGCAGUUAAAGGUUAUCCUGAACUCUGCCAGUGACAAACCUUCCGAGAACUUGAAGAGGUAUUUCAGUAACUGCACAGUGAAUCCUUCAGAAGACGUCGCCCAGCGGGUGGAGUGUCUGGGAAGGGCUUUCAGUGACAGGUUUGCACUUGCCGUCGGACAAGGCUGUACGGAAAUUGGAUCUCAGAGGUUCACACUUGGUAUCCGAUUAUACUACAGAGUCAUGGAGUCAAUGGUGAAAUCAGAGGAAGAGCGACUAUCCGUACAAAAUUUUAGGCAAGUCUCAAGCAAGCUGUUGAACAACAAUGCCUUCCACACCUCAUUGUUAGCCUGUGCUUUGGAAGUUGUCACGGCUACAUAUGGCUGGAGCCCUUUCAAGAGUGGUAGCACGUCUGAGACAGACCUCUCGUUCCCAUGGAUACUGGAUGUGUUUGAGCUGAGGGCCUUUGAUUUCUACAAGGUGAUUGAGAGCUUCAUCAAGGUGGAGCCUAGCCUUAAGCGGGAUAUGAUCAAGCACCUGGAGAGAUGUGAACACCGCAUCAUGGAGUCCAUUGCCUGGAGAUCGGACUCUGCUCUGUUUGAGCUGCUAAAACAGUCGAAAGAACAGGAAGGCCAUGUGGACCAUGCCGAGCCCCCCAGCACCCUGAACCUCCCCCUGCAACACAACCACACAGCGGCAGACCUGUACCUGUCUCCUGUCAGGUCUUCUUGGAAGAAGGCCUCCUCCAUCAAUGGCAGUAUGCCGCAGACAGCCGACAAUCAGACAGCUCCCUUGGCACAGUCGCAGCAACCACCUCCGAAAACACAGAAAUCUACCUCACUCUCUCUGUUCUACAAGAAAGUUUACCGUCUGGCGUAUAUGCGGCUAGACAUGCUGUGUUCGCACCUGUUAAAGGGCCAGCCUGAACUGGAACCAAUCAUCUGGACCCUCUUUCAGCACACACUGCAGAACGAGUAUGAACUCAUGAGGGACAGGCAUUUAGAUCAGAUCAUGAUGUCUGCCAUGUAUGCUAUUUGUAAGGUGAAGAACGUCGACCUGAGGUUUAAGACUAUCGUAACUGCUUACAAAAACCUGCCAAAUACAAACCAAGAGACAUUUAAGCGAGUUCUCAUCCGAGAGGGGCAAUAUGACUCCAUCAUAGUCUUCUAUAACCUGGUUUUCAUGCAAAAGUUGAAGACUAAUAUCCUGCAGUAUGCCUCUACCAGGCCACCAACUCUCUCCCCGAUCCCCCACAUUCCUUGCAGCCCAUACAAGUUUCCCAACUCACCCCUGAAGGUUCCAGGAAGCAACAACAUCUACAUCUCGCCCAUGAUGUCCCCCACCAAGAUGACUCCUAGAACAAGAAUCCUGGUAUCUAUUGGUGAAUCUUUUGGGUCCUCUGAGAAGUUCCAUAAGAUCAACCAGAUGGUGAGCAGCAGUGAGCGGACUCUGAAGAGGGGGCUUGACAUGAGCAGUGCCCCCAAGCCUCUCAAAAGGCUGCGAUUCGACACAGAGGGGCAGGACGAAGCAGACAGCAGCAAACCUACUGGGGAAUCUAAGUUCCAACAGAAGCUGGCUGAGAUGACCUCAACAAGAACCAGAAUGCAGGAACAAAAACUGAAAGAUGUGGCCGACGCAUUGAAGAGGGAUGAAAAGUGAAGCCACCCAUCGCCAUAGUCUGCUAGACUUUUGCGUCAUAACAUUUUUUUAUUUUAAUUUUAUUAUUUUUACUUUGUACAUUUCAUAAUGUGGUAGUUUAAAUGCAUGUGCACAAAAUGUGUGCAGUUUUUUUUUAAAUUUUUUUUUUAUUUAUACUCCUGUAAUGGUUUUAUUUUUUAUUUUAUUUAUUUUUUAAAAUUUAAAAAUAGUUUUGAGUUAUUGAACAAACCUACAAAUGUGCCUAUAAAAGCCCAAUGUCGUCUGCUUUUAAAAGUUUUGAUGAAUGCACUAAUUCCUGUUGCUAGAAAUGUGUGCUUAUUAGUAUUUUAGUUGUUUCUCCACAAAAGAUGUGGGCAUCUUAUAUUCUUUUCCAAAUGGACAUUGAAAAAUGAUUAUGUAACUGACCUCCUUAUUAACAGUUUCUUGUGUGCCAGACAGCAUUUAUCCCUGCUGUUAACUUAUGCUGUGUCUUCCUGAAGUUAAAUCUCUUUUGGUGCCAAAUCGAGGUCUAUGAUACAGUCAUGUAUGUGUCAUACCCUCGGUGCCAGCUCUGAUACUGGAGACUGUAGCACCUCUCUUUGAAAGUACAUGUCAUCUUGUAGGUACUUUUAGUGGCUUAAAUGUUAUGUAUCAAACUGAAAUGUUACAGGUCAUUUUAUUGAACCUCAUCAGAGAUAGAACCUGUUAAAGGUGCAAUAACCAGCGAUUUAUUGCCAUUGUGUCACACGUCCCUUGUUUUGCUGUUGGUUUUCUUUUCUUUUAUUAAUAUUUCGUGUUGACAGUGGAAGUUUGGUGGAAGUGCUUGUUUCCACAGUUUAUGUGCAGCAUUGCCUUCUGAGUGCAAUACUACUACCUGGAAUUGUGUUGUGUUUGUGAGGGGAGACCUUUUUGAAAGUCUUGGUUAUUACACCUUUUAAAGAGUUACUCAACAGACUGUAGGGUUUAAAACACAAUGCAUUACUUUACCCAAUGUCUGGUUUAUUGUACACAUUCCUGCAAUACCCUUUUCAACAUAACGGAUUGUUUUGAUAUUAACAUAUCCCUGGUCAUAAAUCAGUUUUGACUACUUUAUUUUAGUUUUACAUCAGUUAUGCAUUGGGUCUUUCAAUCAAAAUGUCUUCUGAAUUCACAACACCUAGGCUGUUGUGUUGCUUAGCAUGUAAAUUUCUUGCUGAAGGUUUUAUUACUGGUUAUUCCACAUUAACCCACCAACAUAAUAUAUGUAUUUAUUUACUGCCAUUUUAUGGCAAGAGUGAGCAGGUAGUCCUGGCAAACCCGACUGACAGAUGAAUCCAUCAAAAUGCUGAAUUUUAUGAGAGAAGCCAGGAACCAAUUAAAUGUUGUGAAUUCAGAAGAGAUUUUGACGGUAAGACCCGAUGCCAAACCAGUAAAAAAAAAAAAAAAAACUAAAAUAAGUAGUCAAAACUGAUUUAUGAGCACGGACAUGUUAAUUGAAAUGUCAAAGCAACAGCAAUUAUGUUGAAAAGGUUAUAGCAGAAAUACAUUCAACAAUGCACAAAUUGGGGAAAGUAUUGUAUUGCUGUUAUAAACCCUACAGGCUAUUCACUAACACUUUUAACUUAAAACAUGUUUUUCAAAGUACUUGAUUUUCCAGGUACUUGCACUCUUCAAUAUUCAUAUUUGAAUUUCUUCUCACGUGGCCUACAAUGACUUGACUGUUAUCAAACAAAAAGGGAUCGUUAGAUACCUGUGAAUUCUAACCUUAUAAAUACACAAGGGCACAAAACUUUUUUUUUUUUAGAGAAGUACUGGUAAUAGUAUUAGAAACAUGUAUUUAAUAUGCAGGGUAUUUUGGUUGUUGUUUUUACAGUUUUAGAUGACCAAGACAUGUUGCAAAGGAGUAGUGUCAAGGUCUUUUGUUGGUCCACAGCUGGCUGGGAAAAUGCAAUUCCUUGAAAACCAUUUUUUGGUGUCAUUUGAUAGCUGAAAAUACGCCCGUCCAUAGAAAUGAAUAAUUUAUGCUUGUCUAUUGGCUCAACAGCCUGGCUUUAGUGUUGGUUCUAUUGUCACGCUUGUCCAGUAACACACACUUCACUUAAAAUGCUACAGUAAAGAGCAGUUGAUACACAUCAAAUGAUUUUUAGGAUGGGCAUAAAUGUCCAUAAGUUUCAUUUUUCAAACUAGUCGUGGGCCAAAAGAAGAUAUGUUUUCCUUUCAUUUUUAUAAUAUAUAUUGUGUACAUAGACAACAUAAUUAUAACUCCAGGCAGAAACAAACAGAGUACUGCUUUGUAUUAAGCCAUCCAAGAAUUCCUUUGCUGUAAUGAUUUUGUAGAUUUAUGUUUGGAAAAUACUUGUAACUUCAUUUGAAUUAUUAUUUGUAUAAUGUUGUGGCAAUUGGCUUAAAGACUGCACAUGUAAAAGUCUUUAUUUUAGUUCAAAUAAAAGAGCAGCCACAAA